AUGCAUGAAAGUGCAGAGGAGCAGGAAGAAAGUUUACAAGUUGAGGAAUUGGAAUUUGCACCAGCGGCGUUGGAUGACUCUUUGCCAGAGGUAGAGGACCCUUUGCAAGAAAUAAACUUGGGAACAAAAGAUGAUCCCAGGCCCACUUUUAUUAGUGUGUUGCUGGAUGAGCCGUUAAAGGGUGAAAUCAUUGCACCUCUGCAUGAUUUCAGAGACUGUUUCGCAUGGCAUUAUCACGAAAUGCCUAGAUUGGAAGCUUUUCUAAGGAUGAGACAACAUAAAUUGAAAAUGAAUCCCAAGAAAUGCAUUUUUGGGGUUCAAGCAGGCAAUUUCCUAUGUUUCUUGUGGGAAGAGCCCCACCAGCAAGCUUUUGAGGAAAUAAAGCGUUAUCUCUCAAAUCCGCUAGUUCUGUCUCCACCAAAGAAAGGCAUACCACUCAAAUUAUAUGUUUAUGCAUCAGAAGGAUCUAUUGGGAGUUUUUUGGUUCAAGAUAACAAGGAAGGGAAGGAGCAGGCAGUCUACUACCUGAGCAGAACUCUGACAGAGGUGGAAAGAAAAUAUUCUGUGAUUGAAAGGCUAUGUCUGGCUUUGUACUUGACUUCUAUAAAGCUCAGACAUUACAUGUUACCCUUUACCAUCUAUAUCAUUGCCAAGACGGACUUGAUCAAGUACAUGCUGACAAGAUCAAUGUUGAGAGGCAUAAUUGGUAAAUGGACUCUGGCCUUGUCAGAAUUUGCCUUCCGAUAUGUUGCUCAGAAAGCUAUUAAAUGA